AGUUGCUAUUUUGAAUAAAUGUGCGGUCGCGCCCGUGGUUCUUCAGCAUGCCUAGGAUCACUUUCUGCUCAAUAUCUACGUCCAUGCGCUGGUUGGUCCCCGUGAUUAGAGGGACUUGCAGGGUAAGAUGGCGCGAUCGGUAGAGAUGGACUCCCUCCAGCCUUCCUAUGAAGGCCAUCGCGCAAACUCACACACCAGCGAAGACCCGCUUCUGCAGCAGAAUUCACCCAUUCUGACACCCCAACCAGAACCAGACGAGGCUUCUGUGUCGGAGGAAGCCGUCCAUUCUCCAAUGAGCCCUGAUCAUGAGAAGGGCGUAAAAGAGGAUGAUAAUGGAUUCUCGCCUGGAUUGCCCAUGUUCAACCCGAUUUGGCUUAGCAAGACUUGCCUGGGUGGGUUUAUCGUGGCUCUAAUUCUCAUCGGCAUUGCUCUUGGUCUUGUCUACUGCUUUGCCGAAAGAGAUAAUGGAUUCGUACUGAUAUUUAAUGAUCGUUACUCCUGGGCAUACGGACCAACCGUAGUAUUGGUUUUGGUUGCUGGUCUUUGGCGGCAAGUUGACUACUGGUGCAAAACCCUGGCACCCUGGCGGGAGUUGCAACAGGGAUGGGCCCCCGCGAACAAAUCUCUCUUUCUGGACUAUGUCGGUCAAAUCCAUAUUUUUGGUUGCUGGGCAGCAUUGAAAAAUAAGCACUGGACCGUAUCGGCCUCGGUUGUUGGUGUUUUGAUUUUGAAGUUGAUGACAGCAUUUGCAUCCGCCCUAUUAGUCCUUCAGCCAGCCAAAGUCAGCAGUGGCGCGAUCUCCGUUUAUGAGGUUGGUAUGAACUCCACCGUUCCGCACUUUGAUGGAAUCGAUGUCUUCAGCCCAGUCUAUAGUUACUAUGGGGUGUUGGCACAUGGCCUGCCUUAUCCUAAGGGAACCGCCCCUGGAUUCAUGGUACCGAACAUUUACCCAAAGGAUUCUCUUCUCGACGGCACUACUCGUAUUGCAGCCAAUGUCACAGGCUACUGGCCAAGCCUGAAAUGCCAAACCGGAAACGUGAACUGGACCAUGCUGAGCCCGGAUCCAGAUGCCGACAAUGACAAAGAUAGGGUCAGAAUCCGUUUCGAAACCUCGGAUGGCCGUUGCUCCGUUGGUAAAAUGGAUCCGGAUACUGCCGUAUUCUCACUGAGAGAUCACUCCCGUGAUAUAUUGCCAGAGAGAUUGGUUUAUCCUCGGAUGAAAAACCUGUACGCAAACUGCACUGGGAACGAAACGGACCUCGAUGUUCAUCCGUCACUGCGAUUACUUUUCGCCAUCCUUGACGUUCGAAACACCCAGGAUUUGAAACCUAAUGCAGAAGAGCUCCUACGUUCUGUCGACCAGGCCACGGUCGCGAAUUCGGCUUCUAUAGAGGUUAAGAGCGUCACAGCCGUUCUGUGCGAGCAAAGCAUAAUUGGCAAACGAGCGAGAGUUGAGGUAAACCCUUCUGAUGCAGACACACAAAGAGGGCCGGGACUUGAUGUCACUCCAAUCUCUACCAUGACAUCACAGCAAUUGUUGCAAGGUGGUUCGAUGGAUGAACUGGCUAAUAAUUACUUUGAAAUGAUGUGGAGGGUUAUGAAAGGAUCUCCUAACGUCCUUGGACAGGAUAAAGGGACAGAGGCUGCUUUUCGACCCUUUUUCCGACUGAUGCUAAUCGAGAGUGACAGCUCCGAUUACGGGUCGUUUCUGGACGUUGAGCGACUCACUGCCAGCGCGGCUAAUGUCUAUAUUGGCCUGGCAGUCCAGUCGGCAUAUUAUUUACUAUACAGCUAUCUCAAAUCCCCCGAUCAAGUAGUUUCUGGGGAAGGCUUUCAUUAUGAAAACCGGUUGUUUGUGCAGAAGACCCCGGUUGGUGUUAUGGUGACUUGCGUUGCCCUCAUGAUCUGCAUCUCGGUCGGUGUGAUCAUGACUCGCCCGUUCAAUGUCGUCCCCCGGAGUCCAGAUAGUGUUGGUGCCGUAAUGACUUUUCUUCCCAAGAGCAAAUUGACGAAGAUUCUUGCUGGAACUGCCCAUUGGCCUUUCGCGCGUCUCAGCGAAGCUCUAAAAGGACAGCGGUUUCGGACGCGCUUUGUAGCAUCAGUUGCUGACUCCUACGGGAAGCCAACAUUCACUAUUGAUGCAGAUUGUUCGGACGAGCCUCACAAGCAAACAGCGAAUGAAAGGUCAUAUGAGCUAUUGGAUGAUAUGCCCCAGAAGAUCUGGAGACCAUUAGCCUACACCCUGCCAUUUCGCCUGCUUGUGCUCAUAUCGCCUGUUGUCAUCAUCAUUAUCGUUGAGGUUCUACAGCAGGUAUCAGCAAAGAAUGGCGGGUUCAUGGACGUUCCAAGAGACUCUAGUGUCAUCUUCUGGGCAAAGUUUAUUACUUCCGGAGUCAUGAUCUCCAUUGGUCUUAUGUACGGAACAUUCGACUUUGGGCUUGCAUUGCUUGCGCCGUACCGCUUGCUCAGUCAAGGUAGUGCCGCAAGUAAGCGCACAAUCUUUGCCAAUUACCUUCGCGAUAUACCCGUUGUCGGACUUUGGAGGUCAUUACGCGAUGGCCAACUUGCCGUAUUUUUCAGUCUUUUUGCCACACUCGCUGCAAGCGUGUUCACGAUCGCCGCAUCUGGACUAUAUAUUGUGGACUAUCAGAACUCUUUAAAUCGGACCUUGUCCGUCCAGCGGAGUGACGUGUUUAACUUGACUUGGACUCAUUCCUACAAUGAUAGCCAUGCGGGAACUGUUCUAAAUCUCAUUGAACAAUCAAACCUAACUUCCCCUCGGUUCACAUACAACAAUUUGGUUUUCCCGAUAGUCUCGUCUCCAGUAUCCUUUAAUCAGAGAGGAGGCGGCACCGAACAGGCACAAGGCCAUAUGACUCUUCGCCUACCAGCACUUCGCGCACGGCUUGAUUGCAAAACCCUCGACACCGCUACCCUGUACAAGGGCAAUACGCCGUCCAAACUGAAGCCCGAGAAACGGGUACCUUACGUCAGUCUCCAGACCACCAUUGAUCUUGAGGACAUGUAUCCGAGAUGCAAGCGCGGUCGGGCGUAUGGCGAUAAGAAUAUGUUCAAAUUCAACACCUCAAUUUACUUCCCCGAGAAGCAAGUCGGAAAUGGGCCCAUCGUGCAGAAACCAGCUUACGGCGGCUACUUCUUCGAUCUGCAUCUCGGAGACAUACCAGACAGCGAGAACGUCAGCAAGAAAUGGGCGCAGUUUGAGGAAUGGGGAAAUAGCGAUCUGUUCGUUGAUCCGUACACAUACAGCGAAUACCCCUGGUACACCGAGGAUAAUUAUGACAUGGGACGCAAUCCGGAGGGAUGCCCCAGCAUUGGGUUCAGUUUUGGUCCAUUCAUUCCACUCUCUACCAAUACGACGGACGUGACUAGCGGAGUAUGCGAUCAGUAUAUCGAGGAAGUGACCACUGAAGCACGGUUCAUUCUCCCCAGUCUUGAACUCGAUCCCGGAAAACCUCCGGUGCCCGAUGAAUCUACCGCCCACGUCCUCGGCAACGGGCACGGUUUCGACAUGCGACAAUUCCGCCCGCAGUAUAACAUCGAGCAAAGUAUGCUCUUCUUCAAUCCAAACGCAUCCAGAUACAUGGACGUCUUCUACCAAAGUGUUGUCAAUGGCAUCGACGCCAUCCCCGAAACUGAUCUCGUCGGAAAGGCCAACAUCCAUCGUCUCCUCAACGCCACCAGCGACUUCUACGGCAAAUACAUGGCUCUCGCCAUAUCCUACAACAUGCGGCAGAACACGAGCUUCAAAGACGACGACCUCGGAAAUGCCGCGUCGCGGUCCAUCGAAGGCCAAAAUGACGAUUCUAGCUUCAAAGCCUCCGUCGUGUAUCCGUCUGCGCGGUUGAAGAUCGACCGCAACGCUAGUCUGGCGCUGGAGAUUUUACUCACUAUCGCCUUCGUCUGUAGUGCGAUUGCCUGUGCACUGGCCUGGACGCCUGUCGCUAUUAUGCAGAAUCCCGGUCAGAUAUCAGGGGCCGUGGCCCUGGUGGCUGGGAGCACGCUGGCUUCGCGAAAGAUUGUGCCCGAGGGGACGGAGUGGCUUAAUAGUAAGACAACGCAGGAGCGCAAGAUCUUUGAUGGACUGCAGUUGCGGUUAGGUUGGACGGAUGGUGAUGAUGGUGCACGACGGUAUGGGAUCGAUGUGGAUAAUCGGCAAUCUGCCUAGGCUGUGCCUAGAUUAGACAUGGC